GCGGGCGCAGGGUGAUGACGAUUUAAUGUUAUGCUAAACACGACGUGCUAAACACAACCUGAAAUUCCCUUGUUUCAUUCAUUUGUUCUAACUAUCAAAAUGGCUAAGAUGAAUAAGGGUCCGAAAGCGAACGUAUCGUGGGUGAAACCAGCAGAGCCGUCAUUUUUAAAGAAAUUCAAGAACGAUGUUGGAUUUAAGGAAGGACCCACCAUUGAUACCAAGGUAUUUCGCUAAUGUGCUAGCUAGCCUAUGGAAAAUAGACUAGGUGGCACGUAGAGCUACAGUAUAUCUGUGGAUAUAUGGCAAGCCCACUGGAGAUCUACUCUAUGUGCAGGUUGUUGUUCAAGCCCUGCUCUAACACCUUGAUUCAGCUAGUCAAGGAACGUAAUUAGCUAACUCUACAGGAGAGUUGACCACCCUCCAAAAUAUUUGUUUUUCUCUCACAGAAUUCAAUUCCUUGACUACUAUAGAUAUUUCAUUGACAUGAAGGGCUAUUUUUUGCAGAUAUGUGUACUUUUAACAUGGACAGGGAGGCUGGCAUGAUGUCAAUAUGGUGAUAUUCAACCGUGUCUCCUUUCCUGCAGCGUCUAGAGAUGCCAGCCUUGGAGGAUGACAGUGGCAGUGAUCGUGAAGAUGAGUUGCCUCAAGUUGUCAUUCUCAAAAAGGGAGAUCUGAGCGCUGAAGAAGUGUUACAGAUAAAAGGGGUAAAGGAUGGUACAGAAAAAGGUAAGAACAAUUAAUUGUACAAAUAAAUCUGAUUUUAAAAGCCUAAACUAUCAAGGGAACUUGGUGUUAAUUGGCGUGUGUGUCUGUACUGCGUGUGUGUCUGUACUGUGUGUCUGAACUUAAUCUGCCUCUUCUCCUUGCUGCCUACAGAAGACAAGCCUCCUGCGGACGGCAAGAUCCUGUUCAAGAAGCCCACGAAGCGCUCCUCAGACAAGUUCCAGGGCAUCACCGCCAGCUCUAGCAAGAAGAAGAAGAGUGAAGGAAAGAGUGAAGGAAAGAGUGAAGGAGAAGAUGAAGAGAAAAAGGAGAAGUCUGAAAAGAAGGUGAAAAACAAGAGUCUUCUCUCUUUCGGAGAGGAUGAGGAUGAGGACUAGAAGCUAAUUCACUGAGGGAGUUCAGACUAGAGCAAUCAACCACUCAUCAGACUAGAGCAAUCAACCACUCAUGGAUUAUGGAACUGAUCUACUGCGGUUGUUGGCUUUUACUAUGGGCAAAAAGACCCAACGUAGAAUAGCUCCACAUUGUAGUUUGUCCCACUAGACCAGGGUUCUUCAAUUCCGGUCCUGGAGGGCCGAAACACCUCUGUUUUUCAUCCUCUCCUUCUAAUC